AAUGUCACGAUUAAUCAACCGCAGAGACUCUGCCACACCGUGUUUUUAUUGUUAAAAAAAUGGGCCGAUACACUGUGUUUGGCGCAACCUGCACGGAACGAAAAAAAAGUGACACCUGGUGCGUCAGCUUAAUGUGCCGUACCUAUCAGGAGCGGGAGUCAGGACCACCAUACAGUCUACGCGGGAGACAUGAAAGCUGUGCUGCAUUAGCGCAACAAUGGCAGAGGGAUCUAGCAACGAAGUGUUGUAUCCACCCAAAAAACGAUUGAAGUCAGCAGUGUGGGAGCAUUUUGGAUUCCAUAAGAACGACCAAGGAGUUAUACAAGACGACGGAGCACCCGUCUGCAAAACCUGCCGCAAAAAAGUUAUGGCGAAAGGAUCAAACACAUCAAACCUGAUACAGCAUCUGCGAGAUCACCACCCAAGACUUCACGCUUUAAUAAAGCCAAACACCACCUCUGGUAUUGCUGCAGCUGGGGUUAAUCAAUCUACUGUUGCUGAAUCCUUUGCGAAGUGUGUGACUUAUGCGCCCUCCUCAAAACAAGCCCAGGAUCUGAACAAUGCUGUGGCCUAUUUCAUCUCCAAAGAUAUGAUGCCAUUUCAGAUAGUGGAAAAACCUGGAUUUCUUCAUCUAAUGAAAAAGGCGGUACCACAGUACAAAGUUCCGUCAAGAAGCUACUUCUCCGCCAACAAAAUCCCAGCCAUGUACAAAGAGGUACGAGCAAGUGUUGAGGAGCAGCUGGCAGAGGGUGUGUGGUUUGGUGCAACCACAGACCUGUGGACCAGCACUGGUGGUGGAGGAGAACCCUUUAUGAGCUGUACAGUCCACUACAUCUCUUCGGAUUGGAAACUGAAGUGUCACUGUCUUGAGACUCUUUAUUUUCCAGAAGAUCACACGGCAGAGCAUAUCACAGAAAUGAUGGAAAACAUGCUCCUGGACUGGAACAUAAAGAAAGAGAGUCUGUCCGGAAUUACAACCGACAACGCCAGUAACAUGAGGAAAGCCUUUGAAACAUUUCCCUGUGUUUGGUUUUCUUGUUUUGGUCAUAAUUUAAAUUUGGCCAUUUCCAAAGUCCUUAAGAUCUCAAGGGUGGAAUCUGCCAUCAGAUCAUGCCGGCAUUUGGUCCAAGGAUUUUCUCGAAGCUGGAAACGGAAACGUGAACUACACAAGAAGCAGGAAGAGUUAAACAUCGCUGAACAUUCCCUGAUACAUGAUGUGGUCACCAGGUGGGGAUCCACAUUUGAAAUGAUUUCCAGGUUCUUGGAGCAGCAGCAGGCAAUCUGUGCUGUGCUUGUAGGUAACAGAAGCACCUGGCAUCUUAUGCCCAAAGACAGUGACAUCACUGUCUUGGAGGAAGUGCACAAACUGCUUUGCCCUCUCCAUGACUUCACUGACAUUCUGGCCUCAGAAAGACAAGUCACACUUUCCGCUCUGCAGCCAGUUUUGGAGCACAUCAACAGUGUGAUGCUUCAAGAUGAAGAGGAAGACAGCGCUCUUACUAAACAGAUGAAGCAUGUAAUUAGAGAUGACCUGCUAAUGCAGCUGAGAUAUACAACAGAAAUGAAGAAUGUGCUGAGCAUUUCGAGUUUCAUUGAUCCCAGGUUCAAGGGAAGCUUUGCUGAGAAUCUUGAUGACAUAGUCAAGGCAUGCAGUGAUGAAGCAACUGCUCUUACAGCACAAGAACUUCCAGACACAGAACAGCCUCCAGCAGCAAUGGCACAGAGCACCAACUCCACCACCACCACCAAAAGGAAAGAGAAGAGCCUGUCUGGGUUGUUACAGAAAAUCACCACUGCAAGGAAGAACAGGUCAGCAGCAGCCUCAGAGGGACCACUGCCAACAGCCCUGGAAAAGCUUGAUACUGAGAUGAGACUGUACCUGUCUCUUCCUGCAAUCGAUGCUGAAGCGGACCCACUGUCUUGGUGGAAGACACAUGUGGAAGAAUUUCCAAUGCUAUCAAAAGUGGCCAGAAAGUACUUGUGCAUCCCUGCAACAAGUGUGCCUUCAGAAAGGGUGUUCAGUGCAAGUGGCCAUAUCCUGUCCCCUCAGCGUUCAAGACUUAGCACUGAAAAUGUGAACAUGCUCACAUUUCUGCACUUUAAUAUGAACUGAAAGGACUGGAUCAAAUGUUAGGUAUGUGAAAAGGGCCUGCUGCAUUUAAGUCCUUGUUUUGUUCAGAAGGGAAUAUAUAUUAUAUUUUUACUGUUACAGUUUUAUUUAUUAUUUGAAAGGCAGCUACACUGUUGAAGUUGAAUUAUGUUUCCAGGUUAUCUGGUUAAGUCCAGCAGUAUUUCAGGCAAAACAUGUCAUCUUGCUUUCUGUUAAAAGCCAAAUGUAUUUAUCCUCACUGAAUAUUUGCUGUUCAAAAUGUUAAGAAAAGCUGUUUCUUGCAAGUGAUGUCUAUCAUCUGGUCUGACACCUACCCCCUUGAAAUUGACAAUAUUUUUGCCAUUAGUCUUGUUUGCUUUUGUGGGCCAUGAAAAGGCAUCAGUAUUAGUUUCUUUCUGUUUUACAAUCUGUUAAAUACUCGUCACAGUGGCUUUAAAGUAUUAUUUAUGCUUCAAAGCAUAGCAACAGUUUAAAUUAAAAAGCCAACAAUCUUUGUUUCACCAUCAAAAGGAGAGAAAUACAUUUUGUUCCUUUUUUUUCAUUGAAUUAUUUCAUUACUGUGAUAUUUUUGUUUCAAAUGGUAGCAAUAAAUAACACGAAAACUUCCAGUGUUAUGUCAUUUUAUACAUUAGCGAUGUGAAAAUAUGAAAAGCAUAAUAAUCGGGAUAAUCGUGAAAUCGUGAUUAUUUCUCUGACAAUAAUCGUACCAUCAAAAUU